AUGGGAGGAGGACAGAAAUCUAAACAAGGAACGGAGGUAGCGCCGCUAUUCCGCACCCGCAGGGACGGUUCCCAGCACAUGGGGAAGAUGGCCGCGAUUAUGACUCUGACUCGGCGGCAAGCGAUAGAAGCCGCACAGCCUCCUCAACGCCCCUCACAAAGGAAGACCUCAGACAACUACUUCAAGAAAUUAAGCUGAACAUGACAGCCGAAUUCACAAGGCAUCUAACACCUAUUACAGAAGGCCUCAGCGACCUCACGCGCAGAACAACCGCCAUAGAAGAGCACCUGGACCAAACUUCCACGCGGUCACGGGAAAAUGAGACUGCAAUAGCUGCCCUACAAGAGCAGGUACACCAGCUAGAAGAGGCCGAAGAAGACCUCAAUAACCGCUCCCGCCGUAAUAACAUAAGAAUUCGCGGCGUUCCCGAGAUGGUUGGAAUAGACGCACUGGCUUCAACACUACGAGAAUUAUUCUGCGGCCUACUCCCAGAGGCCUCACCAGUGGAGCUCCUACUUGACAGAGCCCACAGGGCCCUUAGAGCCCCUAAUGCUGCCCAGCCCAGGGAUAUCAUCAGAAUGCAUUACUUCCAUAUCAAGGAAGCACUUAUGCGAGCGGCCAGAGACACCCCGCUUCAAAUAGAGGGACACCAAGUCUUCUUCUAUCAAGACCUGGCCCCAAGCACCCUAUGCAAAAGAAGAAGACCCCUCACCCAGGAAUUCACCAGAUACACCUGGGGACAUCCCUUCAAGUUGCAAGUCAGACAGAACAAUCGCAUACUUACCCUGCACAACAUCACAGAAGCCGCAGACUUCGCGGAACGUCUGGGCCUACCCACAAUAGAUUUCACCGCAGAACUGAACAACAGGAGAGCUAACGGGAGACCAUCGACCAGAGGCACAUCACCGCACGCGACCAGGGCCUUGGAUUCCAGCGGACCUCGUCCUCCAGCUGAACACUGA